GGAAAAGUACACUAUUCGUAGAAUGUUACCAGGAGACUGUGAAGAUAUCCUUGCAGCAAUUAAGGAAUUAGCUACAGCUCUAAAAGCUGAAGAUCAAGUUAUGAUCAGUGAAGACAUUCUUCUAAGCGAUGGGUUUGGAGAGAAAAGUCUUUUUGAUUGCUUUGUUGCAGAAUAUGAGAAUGCCAUAGUUGGUUAUGUAUUGUACUGUACUAUGUAUUCAUCGUGGGUAGGAAAAAAGGUAUUUAUGGAAGACUUGUAUGUGAAACCUAAUCACCAGCGAAAUGGGGUUGGUACCAGACUGUGGAGAACAGCUGUGAAGGAAGCUCUAAAAGACGGUUGUAAUCAAAUGGAAUGGGGAGCGUAUAGCUGGAAUACGUCAGCACUUGAGUUUUAUAAACGACAAGGUGCUAUAAAUAUGACUGAUACUGAACAGUUUCAUAACUACAAACUAACUUAUGAAAGUAUGCAUACGUUUGCCAAUUCUGGAGAAAAAACUGGAUGA